UCCUCCGUUGGGGGGGGUGGUCUCUACUGGCCUCUCCCUCGGUCGCCGGUUGAUGAUGCGUCGUCAGCGUCCUGUUGUCCUGAGAGACGGGUGCCGCCAGUUCGGGGGGAGGGCAGGGGGUAAAGAGCUAUGAGUGCAAAAGGGGACUCCGACCAUCCCGUCCCCUCCCUUCCUCGCACCCUCAGGAGGGCCAAGAUCAAUUCCUUUUAGCCCGAGCGCUGCCCUGAGGGACUUCGUCACACCUGCAUGAGAUCACAAGCAGGCACCAGCGCACAGGAAAUACCAAGUGCCUAUUAUGUGCCAGGCCUCCGUGCGGGCGGCGAAAUACAUGGGUGACCAAGAUGUGGCCUGUGAAUUCACUGAGCUUACAGUCUCGUGGAGACCGCACAGCGAAGGAGGCAGCCCUGCUCCAAGGACAGUGUCACUUUGGUCUACAGUGUGGGUACCAGGCUUGUCAGAUUUUGUGGGACCAAUUACUCUGUAGUCAUCAUGCUAUUUGUUGACAUCAGUGCAUGCAUCUCUCUUCACAAAGAACGGGACGGCCAGGUUUGGUGAUAUCUCUUCCCUUAAAGAAAAUGGAACAGCUGGAUAAGAUUUGCUAUCACUUAUCUACAAAUUCUUCAAACAAUACAAGCCACUCAGCAUCAAAAUACUGUUCAUCAGUGAAGAGACAGUCCCUCGCCUAUUUCCUUGCAAACCCACACUAUGGCAGCCUCAUUAAUGCAGAUGGACAUGCUGAAAUAUGGACAGAUUGGAAUGAUAUGUCCAAGUUUUUCCAAUAUGGAUGGAGAUGUACCACUAAUGAGAAUUCCUAUUCAAAUCAUACCCUGAUGGGAAACUGGAACCAGGAAAGAUAUGACCUGAGGAAUAUCGUGCAGCCCAAACCCUUGCCUUCCCAGUUUGGACACUAUUUUGAAACAACGUAUGACAUGAGCUAUAACAACAAAAGGCCACUUUCAACUCAUAGGUUUAAGAGAGAGCCUCACUGGUUUCCAGGACAUCAGCCUGAGCUGGAUCCUCCUCGAUACAAAUGCACAGAAAAGUCAACUUAUAUGGCUAGCUACUCAGAGCCUCCACUUGGGCAUUACUCUGCCUGUGUGUGGAAUCCUAGUAACUGCCAAGAGGUCCAGGAUUCUAAGAAAAAAUAAGAAGCUUCAUUUUUCCAGAGUAAAUUGUAGGAGGGAACACAUUCUAAGCACAAGUAAGAAUUUAGCUGACUAUAAUACAGUUUCACUCUCUGAAUAAAGCACAGUAAAUAUUCCCUAACCCCUUUUUUGUUUGUUUUAAUCAAGAUUUAAAUGUCAAAUUUAAGUUAAUUAUGUCUGCUCUUAGUUCUCUGUUGCGAAGUUGUAGUAGGAGAGGAUUAAAAAAGGAUUAUUUUAAAUCUGCAACUACUUUGCUCUUCCCUACCUUCCAUAUGGCAGUACUGCAAGAUCCAGCAUGACUUGGGUUAUGUUUGAUGAGGCGCUUCCUGGAUAUAAGCCGGGUGGUCACCAUCAGAUAUUGUAACUUUAUCAUGACCUUAAUGAAUAUCCCCUCUUAAAGACUACAAAAAGGGGAAAAAGACUUUUUAAAAUUAUUAUAAUGAAUUUAAAACAUACAAAAUUAGACAGAGUAGUAUAAUGAACUCCCAUAUACAUUACCCAGCUUCAAUAAUUUAUUUUUCAUUUUUUCAUUUUUCUAAAGAUUUCAUUUAUUCAUGAAAGACACAGAGAGAGGCAAAGACAUAGGCAGAGGGAGAAGCAGGUUCCCUGUGGGGAGCCUGAUGCGGGACUGGAUCCCAGGACCCUGGGAUCAUGACCUGAGCCAAAGGCAGACACUCAACCACUGAAUCAACCAGGUGCCCCAAUAAUUUAUUUUUUAAAAGAUUUUAUUUAUUUGGGGGAGAGAGAGAUUAUGAGUGAGAGCGAGAAAGAAUCUGAAGCGACUCCACAAUGAGCACAGAGCCCAAAAUGGGGCUCCAUCCUACAACCACAAGAUCAUGACCUGAGCUGAAACCAAGAGUUGGGCACUUAACCAACUGACACCCAGGCACCUAGCUUCAACAAUUUAUGACUGAUCUUAACUAUCCUUAUAUACUUUCUCUAUUUAUAAAAUUAAUUUUAGAGCAGAUCUCAGAAAUUAUAUCUUUUCAUCUCCAAAGAUUUCAGUAUAUAUCUCAAAAAGAUAAAAAUCAUCAAUUUUUUAUUCCCCCACAAAGACCAUCAAGGCAACCUUUCAUCAAACAAAGCUGAGGUAUUAAACCUCUAGCAGGGAAGCACAUCAACUUGACGCAAUCUUUGUGAGAAUUCAAAAGGGGGAUGUUCGGGGAGGGUAUCUUGAGAGAUUUCGGGUAAGGACUAAACCAACAGUGGUUUAAGACAAAUCUUUCAGAGCACCUGGGUGGCUGGGCAGUUGAGUGUCUGUCUUCCACUCAAGGUGGAUCCCAGAGUCCUGGGAUCAAGUCCCACAUCAGGCUCCCCACAGGGAGACUGCUUGUCCUUCUGCCUGUGUCUCUGACUCUCUCUCUGUCUCUCAUGAAUAAAUAAAUAAAAUCUUUAAAAAAAAAAAAAAAGAUGGGUCUUUCAAAGUGGGGAACUGGUAGGGAUUGAGACAGGAUCGUGAAUAGUUUGAGCUUAGUGAGCACAGGGAGGCAACAGUCUAAAUUUUAACACAUUUGAACUUAUCAAUAUUUUCCUUUUUUAUUUUGUCUCCUGUUUAUUAUGAUAAUAUAAUGGAUGAAAGAUGUCUCCCAUGUAUUUCCUCCCAAACGUUCAUUAUUUUAUAUUACAAACACAGAUAUGGAAUUUAUGUUGUAUAGGAUGUGAGAUAAUAACUGAGUUUUAUUUUUUUCCAUAUGACUAUCCAGUUUUCCCAUUAAUUAUUAAUAAUUAUUGAAAAGACCAUACUUUCUCCACUGCUCUUGAACACCAUUUUUAUUGUAAAUCAACUAUCUGUGUAUACUUGGGCCUUUUUCUGGGCCCUCUAUUACAUGCCAUUGGCCUAACUGUCAUUACAUAUGCUAUCUUAUCCACAAUGCCUUAAUUACUUUGCUAUUGUAAUUACGAUAAUUUUGUAAAUCUUAAUAUAAAAUAAAUGAGAUACUUUCACAUUG